AUGUGGAAGAUGGCAGUAGCUGGAGCGCUCGUCGUGCUCGUGGCUGGCGUUUCAGGGUGGGAGUCAUGGAAGGAGGUGGAAGUUGAAGGCCCCGGUCCGAGAGCAUGGGCCACCUUCACCAACGUGGAAAGCCAUGGGUCACUACUUUUCGGUGGCCACGAUGGCUACGGCUCUCUCUCGGAUGUGUGGCGGUUUGCAGGUUCUGUGUGGAACUUGCUCCUGACAUCAGGACUGUCACCUGCUUCACGCUCUCAGCAUGCUUCCGCAGCUGUUGGGAAGGAUUUCUAUGUCUUUGGUGGGCAACAUGGGACAACCAUCAUGAGUGAUAUGUGGCAUUUUGAGCCAGCCGCACGAAUCUGGUCCCAGAUUACGUACAGCAGCGAGCUCAAUCCGGCUCCUCGCAGUGGACACAUCAUGGAGUGCGCGCCAGAUCAAAGUGCUUUGUUUGUGUUUGGAGGAGUUGUUCAAUUUGCAACGUCUACGUCGUGCACGCAUUCCGGAGAGUUCUGGUCCUUGGACCUGGCGAGCCUGUCUUGGAAACAACCUGAAGCCACCACCAGCCUUCCAAGUCAAAGAAGCCGAGCGGCUAGUGGUGUGUCAAAGCGACGGAACCUGAUGUUCGUGUUUGGCGGAAGGUUUUCAUGUCACGAUUAUACAAGCAGUGUGCGUAACGACCUGUGGAUUUAUGCUUUCGCUGCCAACAGCUGGAGCCCGGUUUCUGCCGCAAAUGGGCCCGGGCGUCUACAAGGCAGCAACAUGAUGUAUAGCGAGCUAUCAGAUCAGCUGUUUAUCCACGGAGGCCAGUAUGGCUACACACUUUCUUCCGUACUCUACCAGCUUGACCUAACUGCUGGCCAAUGGCACACCCUGGCUGCGCCAUCCGGCCGUUAUGGCUCUGCUGGGGUAUUGAUCCAAUCCACCAUUGUCAUCUUUGGCGGAGUGUCCUCUUUAACCGAUUACAAGGACGAUGCCUGGAGCUAUGAGCUCUCGGUCAGGAAAAUCUGCGGCAGGGGCCAAGUCUUCAACGGCACCAAUUGCUCGGACU